AUGUACCUACUGCUGCCCCUCAACCGCUGGAGUUGGUUGCUUCUUCUUGGGGGAGUGUUCUACAUCAGCGCCGUACUUUACUGGAUGAAUCCCGGGCAGCUGACGAUCUUGGGAUUUGUUCUGACCAGCUGGUACAACAUUCAGUUGGACAGCUUCCUCACCGCAUUGGUCGUGGAACCCCAACUCAUCAAUGAAGUGGCCAGCCUGUUGGUGGGCGUUAAUUCCAGUGAACAGGUGUCGGCCCUGCUCUGCUUCAAUCGCAGCUACGCGUAUCCCUUCACCAUGGAGCGCUGGGAGUUCUUUUCCCUACAACAGCAAUAUGCCUUCAAGCCGAUCUUUCGAUUCUCCUCGGCUUGUCUGGGCUCGCCCAUUAUAGGCUACCCGAUGCGCAGCGACUGCCACCUGGAGUCAUCUCUCAGCAUGUUCAUUAUGAGGAUUCAGGCCACAGGGCUUCUGCAGCACUGGUUUGUGUCCGACUUUAACGAUGCGAUGCGGGCUGGCUAUGUGCGCCUGUUGGACAAUGACCUCGGUGGCGGUUGGCUGCUGUCCUUAUUGGUAUUCGUAUUCGAGCACUUACGGCUGAACACAGGGCGUUCUAUCUAA